UUUUCCUUUCACUUUCACAAAGCAGAGCUGGAGUGCCUGGAACUGCACUCAUUUGGAAAGUCCCAGUCUGUAGAACUCUGCCCAUGAAGUCACAUUUCCAGGAAAAGACUGUUAACUUUGAAGCUGCAAGUUGAGCUGCUGAAGUUUUCAUCUUGGCUGCCCAGUCUGAGCUGCCACGAUGGAAGGUGCAGAGGGCGACAGAGAGGGUGAAAGCAGAGAGAAAUCUCAUCCUGUGCCUCCAUCUGUCCAGGAAGGCAGCAGCAAACUUUUACAUGGUAAAGGAGCUCCAAAUGCUGUAGAGGAAGAGAAACUCCAGGCACAUGUGACAAGUGCAAAACUCAUGGAAGUUCACAAUGCUGGACAGAAAUCAUCCUCCAAGCCUGGAGAUGACACCUCUGCCAGGGAUAACGAGAAAAAGAUCCUGGAUCCCCAGGGGAGAGAGGAGCCAGUGGAGCAAAGAAUCUCUAACAGAAGAGGUGAUGGUGAAAGCAAAGAAAACCUAGGACCCAGUGGCAGGACUGGAAGAAAUGAUGCAGAAGAUACUUCUUUUCCAGGAGCUGCAGCCAGAGUUUUGGAGAAAUGCAUCUGCCUGGAGAACCCAUACCUGUCUGAUAAAAUACUUAAGACGGAACCAACAAUAACCCUAGUUUGUUGUUGUGAUGUCAAAAAAAUUCAAGUUUCCUAAAGAGUCAUCCAAGAUCUGUGUUGCUUUUUACAAGAAACCUGGGCAAUACCAGGAAUUUGCUGUUCUAAAAGAAAGAAAAAAGUAUUUACACGGUCAAGCAACAAUCCCCAUUUCCAAUGUACAGGGAGAAACAAUUUUUUAUAAAUAUGCUAUCUUAAAAAAUAUGCUCUCAACUGACCAUGAAAGAUCAUGUGAUUUAGAGUAUAUUUGUGGAAUGGACUCCAAGAAUACAGGUCAGCUACAUCGAGUCUUGAACAUUCCCAAGGAAGAGAUCAAAGCAAGUGGAACAUGGACUAUUUUUGAAAACAUGAAGUGCUAUUUAUUGAGAAAAAAACAAAUAUCCUUGAAUUGUUCAAAUUGCAGUCUCCAAAAAAAAUGCCCCAAAACACAGUCAACUGUGGUAUCAUAGAAUACCUCACAGAUGAAUUCUCCAAGACCAUCAAGCUCAAGAAGAGCUUUAACAAUUUAGAAAGGAAACUGAAGAUCUACACAGAGAGCUUCAAAAUUUAUCUUGGGGAUGCUGCAAAUGGCAAAACCUGUUCUCCAACUGAUCUUGAAGAUCACCAAUUAAAAACUAACAUGAUAAAGUUCAUGGACAAGAUCGUUGGACACCUGGAGACAGAGGAGCAGAAAGAUAAUGGGCUGCUUUUUGCCUUACACACCUCAUUUUGUUAUAACAUUCAACUAAGCAAAGAGGUAAUCGUCAAGGCUGAAAAACUCUUCCAGGACAUUGGCCCAUUUCAAGACAAAUUCCAGCAUCUGAGAGGAAGGAGCGAUUACAUUUCAGCUCUGAAGAAAAUCUGCUUAGAUAAUGAAGAUGACGUCUUGUGCAUUUGGCUGAUUCCAUUACUGUAUGCAAUUACAGAGAAGAUGGAGGGUCCUUUUUCAAUACAAACCGUUCCUUCACAACGCUUGUUGCAGCUGAGAGAUGAUGAAAAGAAACAGAAGAAAGUCCUGGAGAUGAUAAAGAUUCACAAGUCAUUCAUUGAAAGCUGCUCUCCAUUGGCAAAGACGGUCCUGGAGAUGCUGGCACUGAAGAAUUUCACCACAGAGUCCCUGCUCCAAAUCAAGCUUCCACCUGUGGUCCUCCUGGACACUGUGUACAAUCGCAUCAUAAAAAUCGCCCUUGAACCAGGCCAAGUACAUGAAAAGGAUUUGAACGGCCUUUUGAACAAUAUUGCUGAAAGGAUGACAUCCUGGUUCAAGGACUUGCACCAAUCAGAGGGUACCAAGCAGGUUACUGAGCAGCCGACGAAGCCCACAGAUGAGGAGGAUGCCAUAUUCUGUCUGAAUUUAACAUAUGCAUUGCUUUCAUUUUCCUUAAAACACUGUUAUGCAGUGCCAUUUAGCUCGAUAAUGUCACUGCUACGGAUACUUCAGGUGUUUGCUGCAGAAUCAGAUGUGUUGCAAGCAAAUCAGGAAUUUCAGCAUUUUAUCUCAGAAAGAUGGCAUCAGUUUGAAGGUUAUAUGACAGAGUGGCUGGAGAAAUCCUUGCCCUGGCCACCCAUGAAAAAUACACGGUUCUUUGAAAACAUCGGUGUGUGGCACGAGCUGUCCUUGCUCAACAUCCUCUGUGUGAAAUGGACCAAGAAAUGGCAAAGCCUGAUACACAACAUGGUUGAAAGGUGGCUGGAGAAAGUAAAUGGCAGAGAACUUCUGGACUUCUACUCAGAAUUCAUAGAGAAGGACAAGUAUUGGAAUACAGGUUUCGAGAUCUGCUUCACGGACUGUGUCAUUCAAAGGAUUAAACACUUACCUAAAAGUGAGGAAUCUGUGUUAGUAAAAAUGGUUUCCAAAGUCAUCAAGACAGACAGGUCAUAUGCUGGGAAAGUCCUUUCUGCUGUUGUUGAGAAAAUAUUCUUAGACAAGAUGAACAACUUUCCUUUCUCCUUAAAAAAGGGAGAAAGACAUGCUGAUAGUGCAGAACUAUUUCUCAAAGAGGUGCUCAGCUCUUCCGUGAUCUAUGAUCUCAUCUCUGCUGUUGAAGAAACAGAGGACAAACUUCAAAAUAAGAUCAGUAAAAAUGCAAAAAAACUGGUCUCCAUUUUUUCUAAUUUCUUCCACAUUAUGGGCCAUCAAGUUUUCUCAGGAGACAUUCACUGCAACCUGCUGUCCAUCAUCUUCCAGCAUCAAGAGGAAUUUCAGAAUAUACUGUGCCUCCGUCGUAAACUCAAAGUUUCCAAAUUUAUUUCCCAAAACAGUAGUUCCAUGUGGUGUGUUUUCCUGUUUAACAGGGCAAAUAGAAAAUAUAUCUAUAUUGGAAAGGUCUCUAAAAUACAAAGCAAACAAAGCAAACAAAGCUCUGCAAGAGAAGAAACACAAAGGCAAAAAAUAGAAAAAUUGAAUAUUGGCAAUUUUUAAGCUGUUUUAACACUCUGGACAGAAAACAACAUUCUUCUACUGUGCAAUGGAUAGCAAUUAAAUAGUAUUCCUAUGAUGCAUCUACAGAACUGUGUUUGUGUUGUUAGAAACACAAUCACAGAAUGGUUUGGAUUGGAAGAGACCUCUAAAUGUCAUCUAGUCCAACCCUCCUGCAAUAAGCAGGGGCAUCUUCAACUAGGUCAAGUUGCGCAGAGUCCCCAUCAGCCUGACCUUGAAUGUUUCCAGGAACUGGGGCGUCUACAACCUCUCUGGGCAACCCGUUCUAGUGUUUCACCACCCCCACUGUAAAAAGUAUAUUCCUCAUAUCUAGUCCAAAUCUACUUUUUUAGUUUAAAACCAUUACCCCUUGUUCCAUGGCAAUAGGCCCUGCUAAAAAGUCUGUCACCAUCUUUCUUAUGAGACUCCUUUAAGUAUUGAAAGGCCGCAAUAAGUUCUCCUCAGAGCCUCCUCUUCCCCAGGCUGAACAAGCCCAACUCUCUCAGCCUUUCCUCAUUGGAGAGGUGUUCCAGCCUCUGAUUAUUCCUGUGGCAAUCCUCUGGACCCUCUUGAACAUGUCCAUGUCUUUCCCAUGCUGAGGGCUCCAGAGUUGGCUGCAGGGCUCCAAAGCUGGAUGCAGUACUCCAGAUGGGGUCUCAUCAGAGUGGAGUAGAGGGGCAGAAUCACCUCCCUUAACCUGCUGGUCACACUCCUUUUGAUGCAGCCCUGAACAUGAUGGGUUUCUGGGCUGUGAGCACACGUUGCCAGCUCAUGUCCAGGUUUUCAUCCACCAGUACAGCCAGGUCCUCCACGAGGCUGCUCUCAAUCCCUUCAUCUCCCAGCCUGUAU